UUCAAGGUUGCCCCUUGGUGCAAAGUUGGUGGUGCGAAGUGGGUUGUGGAAACAAUAAAGUUACUGCAACCCUGUGUUAAUGUUAGUAGACCUCUGGUUGAGUUGACGUGACCCAUUCUAUGUAAAUAAAAGUGGUUCAAGUUAUUAGUUCGUGGGGUCCAACUUAACCAUAACUGACUAGGUUCAUGCUCUAACAACCAACGCAAGUACACAUUGUCUGGCCGUAGGAAUAGGUUUUACCUCCUAACAGGCAUAGGAACUUACAGCAUGUUACGUCUACCGGUGAUCACUCUAAGGGAAACACUCCUACAGAAAGUAUGCUUCAGAAAGCCAUCUGUGAUAGACUGUAGCGUGAACCAAGUGACCUUAAGGAACUUGAGUACCUCUCAAGCCGUUCAUCGAGCAGCAGGAGGAUGUCAAGAGGAUGCUCUGACCCAGGAGUAUGAUGCUAUCAUCAUAGGAGCCGGUCAUAACGGACUCACUGCGUCUGCGUAUCUUCAGAAAGCUGGUCUGAAAACCUUAGUUCUUGAAAGGAGACAUGUCAUAGGAGGAGCAGCAGUUACUGAGGAGAUUGUACCAGGGUUCAAAUUCUCCAGAUGUUCCUAUGUGCUGAGUUUAUUGCGACCAGAGAUCUACGAAGAGCUAGAACUUAAGAAACAUGGUUUGAGGGUGCAUGUUAGACCGGCUGGUGCGUAUGCUCCGUUGUUAGGUGAAUCUGCAGGGUUGUCUAGACCCACCUCACUCCUACUAAGCAGUAAUGCCAAGAACACCUACGACCAGAUCGCACAGUUUUCAGAAAAAGAUGCAAAGGAAUACUUUGUAUACAGUGAAAUAAUUGAGGGGAUUGGGGCAGCCAUUGGUCCACUUUUAGACAGUCCUCCAGUAGAUCUCUCCUCCCUUGGUGAUGGUUCAUUCAAAGACAGAAUGGAGAUGUGGCCGGCAAUUAAAACUCUGCUGAAAACUGGAUCGCAAAUUGGGAAAAAUCUACCCAUGUUUUAUGAACUGUUAACAGCACCAGUUGCUAAGAUAUUGGACCGUUGGUUUGAAUCAGAGCCAUUGAAAGCAAUUCUUGCCACUGACUGUAUAACUGGAGCAAUGGUGUCUCCACAAACACCGGGUGCAGGUUAUGUGUUACUACACCAUGUAAUGGGUGAGAUUGAAGGUGUCAAACAUGCUUGGGCCUUCCCCGAAGGCGGCAUGGGUGGAGUAUCACAGAGUAUUGCCAAUGCUGCACAGUCGUAUGGAGCAACUAUUAUGACUGAAAAGCCAGUGGAUACCAUCAUGUUAGACAGCGACCAGAAAGCCUGUGGUGUUGUCUUGGAAGAUGGAACUGAAAUCAGAAGCAAGAUGGUCCUCUCCAACGCAACGGCCAGAAUCACCUACUUGAAUCUGACCCCACAGGAAGCUCUCCCAAAGGAAUUCAUUCAAGACGUCCAAGCUAUUGAUUAUACAUCACCAGUAACCAAAAUCAAUGUUGCUCUCGAUAGAUUGCCAAACUUCAAAGCAGAUCCAAAUUUAGCAUCAGGCGUCCCCGGUGCCCAUCAUACAUCGACCAUCCAUUUGAACUGUGAGAGUAUGGAUCGUAUCACUGCUUCAUAUGAGCCGUGCACCAGGGGAGAAAUCUACCAUCGACCCAUGAUUGAGAUGUGUAUACCAUCCUCCUUGGAUCGUACCAUUGCUCCAGAGGGGUGUCAUGUGGCCACGUUGUUCACUCAGUAUACACCGUACCAUCUCGCAAAUGGUGAAAAGUGGGACGAAAGAAAGAUGAAUGAAUAUGCAGACAUGGUCUUUGACAAUAUUGAGGACUAUUGUCCGGGGUUCAAGUCCAGUGUGGUUGGUCGAGACAUCUUACCACCACCGGAGUUAGAGAGAAUCUUCGGACUAACAGGAGGGAAUAUCUUCCAUGGAGCAAUGUCAUUGGAUCAGAUUUACUUUGGCCGUCCAGUAACAUCAGCAGCAAGUUAUCGUUCUCCUGUUGAGGGUCUGUACCUUUGUGGCAGCGGAGCUCAUCCAGGAGGGGGCGUGAUGGGGGCUCCUGGUCGCAAUGCUGCUCGUUUGGCAAGCAAAGAUCUUGAGAAGCGAGGCAAGAGGAGAUAAUGGUACUACUAUGGUUGCCUUGGUGACAUGGUUUUCUCGUGGAAUUCCUAUUGACGUUGCUUAUUAUCAAAAAACAGUACAAAACUAUAUUUCACAGCUUUUCAAAUAUUUCUCAAUAUACAUUUUAUACAAAAUUCUUAAAUACAUUUUUUACACAAAUAUGUGUAGAGCAACCAAGCAGUAUUCAAAAUAUAAACAUCAUUCUAACUAUGUGAACUUUAAAAGAAAUAUUUUCUAUCUUCACACUUUUUCUAAUAACUAUUUACACCUGAAAUAUCAAGUUAUAAACCAUGAGGGAAACUGACAGUGACUGGGUAAAUUUCUUAAAUAGUUUGGGAUUGAACAAAGACAUUUUUUGCAAGAGCAGGAUUUGAACCAUGGUGGCGCUCUACAACUAAGCUGUCUAGCCCUAUAGACCUUUUCGCAAAUACCGGGGCGCGCGCGUAAAGCUUGGAAUUAGGUGCAUUGUGGUCUUGCUGGUAUCCA